GGAGACUGGGAACCCGGGAUCCGUUCCGGCCGUCAACGAAUAGGCUGUAUGGAUCGGGGUGUCGCAGUAGGCUGUGUCUGAGGCGUUGGGCCCACGACAUGUCCGUAAGGAUCGUCCUGGAGCGACACGUAAACAUGUCGGUGUAGACCGUUCUCUGUCUGGCACGGAAACCCAGCUUGAGUGGACCGAUCCCGGCUUGCGACCGCUUGCAGGCUUGGGUCAAACAGAGCGUGCACAGUGAGCAAGGAACAAAGCACUGCAAGAGGAAGUCGGCGUUGUUUGAAUGCUUCCUAACGCGGGACGGGAGGUGGGAACAGUCUGUGUCGCCGACCCGACUGCGUCUCAACUUCGCGAACGAGCCUCGGUUGUCGCCUUGACAGGUGACUUCUCGUCGUGUCGCGGCCCGAUGGGUAGGAACAUGAGGAGUCUCAGAUAUCCAAGGAGGUCUACCAGCCCACAAGCUCAUAGAGCGCCUUGUUUCUUAUGCCUUGUCUGUCUUGCAUGUCAGUCAAUGACGGGAAAGCCCCGCAAGGAGGGCCCGGCAGAGCAGCCGAGCGGCCUUGGCUUCGGCAUAUCAACGCCACAGCGUCGCUCCCGCAAACGGCUUGCUUGGCUGCCCGUGAUCAAUCCAGACCACACCGCAAAUUCCAAGAAGAAGCAAGCGACGGCUCAUGUAAGAUCUGACAAAGCAGCAGUUGCCAGCGCUCUUCUGCCUGUUGUUGUUCGGUCUCUUAGACGCGAUGGUGGUCUGCCAGGAUGUCGAAUCAGGAAGCUGAAGGAUAACCAAGUCCCGAACACGUGUGGAGGGAGCACAAACGAAAAUAGGCUCAAAAUGCCAGCCAGCAACGCAGCUGUCAGCGGUGCGGUGGUAAGUUGCAGGGCCCCGGCUUGUGUGGCGGCGGACAUGCACCUUGCCGCCUUGCAAUAGCGGUUGGCCGCGGUUCCAACCUCUGUCUGGCCUAAGCGUGUGUGUAGCACGGUUUGUCGAACGCACAACAGGGCUGAUCAGCGGUGUUGUAGGGCCGGUUGCCUUUCGUAAACGGCGUCGGAGGAAGAAGUCACGUUGUGAGGCAGUAGGACAAGGACAAGCUCUGUCCACAACGCUGUGGUUGUGCUGCCUCGCCAAC